UAAACUGAAAUCUGAAUAUCCGGUCCCAUUCGAAGUACAUGUUUAUUUUUCACACCAAACAGAACCUAUAAAAAUACCAGCUCUUAGUACCAAACCACGAGUCUAAUAAUACAAUUUUAUAUAUAUAAAAAAGUUCUAAGCAGCUCUGUAUUUUUUGUUUUAGCUCCAAUGGCUUCGAUAGAGUUGGAAGAGACUCCAUCGGAGACUGUACGGAAAGUGGAAGUAAGCGGAGGAGGAGGAUCGAAGACGAGCGAGAAGAGUAAGAAGAAGAAGAAGAAGAAGACGAAGAAGGAGAAGGACAAAAACGGUGCGUAUCGUUAUUAUAUAUCGAAGCUAGGAUUUGGAUGUGUGAGGCUGAGAACAGAGUAUGAUAAGGAAGGCAAUUUUGACAUGGAAGUUGUUGAUGGAGAUGGACAGCGUCGCAAUCCUACUCACCUUGUUAUAAUGGUUAACGGUCUGAUUGGCAGUGCUGAAAAUUGGAGAUAUGCUGCAAAGCAGUUUUUGAAGAAGUAUCCUGAAGAUGUUAUAGCUCACUGCAGUGAAUGCAAUCCUUCAAAGUUGACAUUCGAUGGUGUUGAUAAUAUGGGAGAUAGAUUAGCAGAAGAGGUUAUAUCAGUUAUAAAACGUCACCCAGGAGUUCAGAAGAUUUCAUUUGUAGGUCAUUCAUUGGGUGGCCUGGUAACAAGGUAUGUGAUUGCCAAGCUUUAUGGACGAGAUGUCAGGAGGGAAUUUGCACAGGAAAAUGGAGAGUGUAGGAGUGAUGGAUCUAAGAAUCCAUGCCCAGAGGAGAAAUUCAAAGGCAAAAUUGCUGGACUGGAGCCGAUGAAUUUUAUAACCUUUGCAACACCUCACCUUGGUUCAAGAGGGCAUAAACAGGUUCCUGUGUUUUGUGGCUUUUAUACCAUGGAAAAAGUAGCAUCCCGGGCAUCUUGGUUGCUUGGUAGAACUGGAAAACAUCUAUUUUUAGCUGAUAAAGAUAAUGGAAAACCUCCCCUUCUUCUUCGGAUGGCUAAUGAUUGUGAAGAUCUUAAAUUUAUAUCUGCUUUGCAGUCCUUCAAGCGUCGUGUCACCUAUGCAAAUAUACGAUAUGACCACCUUGUGGGAUGGAGUACAUCGUCUCUACGGCGACGAGAUGAGCUACCAAAGCUUCGCCAUCUUUCUAAAGAUGACAAAUACCGGCAUAUCGUAAAUGUGGAGACAGCAGAAACUUCCAGUCGACAACAAGAAGUCCUCUCGGAGGCCAAAGCCAAGAACAUUGACUUAGAAGAGGAAAUGUUAAGGGGUUUGACUAAAAUGACUUGGGAACGGAUUGACGUCAACUUCAGUGGAACUAAACAAAGAUAUCUUGCGCACAGUACCAUUCAGAUACUCUGCAUUUCUACGUUUCUGCUUUCCCUCAUGUAGGUGUGGGUAUGGAUGUGGGGGAAUUAACUUCAGUUAGCAUGUGUAGAUGUGAAAAACGCAUUAAUUAAGCACUUAAAACAUUCAAAAUAUUUUUUUUUUUGCGGUAUGACGUGAUUGCUGUGUCUGUGUUGGGCUCCUAUAUUCGUUUCGUGACAUAAUAACAACACUAGCCAUGGCUUUUUGUUAGACAACACAGUACUCAGUAGAGCCAUGCAUGGUGCAGAAAUUGUUCUUUUUCUGCUUCUCUUUUCAAGCCUAAGCUAACCUGUCCACAUUCCUCUAUCACUACAGUGAUGGAACAGGAUAUAUACAGAUUUUGAUAUACCUUCAUAGGACCUUUAGAGCUUUGCCAUAUUCCAGCAUAACUUUCUGAAUCCAUAAUCUGACAUUCUCAUUGGGUAAUAUAUAACCCAUUAAAAAGCAAAAUAAAUAACACUAUUCACCAAAAUGCACAAAAAACACCCACAUCCAAUAAGCUAAAAUGCAAAAAAUUAUUUUCAUGUUGCUAGAGUGCUUAUGCAUAUAUUUGCAUAAGCAUUCUGGCAACAUGCAAAAAAAAUUUAUGCCUCUUUUAUUCUCUCUCUCUUCUCUUGUCUCACUCUCUCUCUCCUACUUUAACACUAGUUGCAUAAAUUACAAAUUGAGGGGGAGGGGGGAAAAAUUGAUUCCAUCCUGAUGAUUACCUUUAAUAAGCUGGUUCAACGACCCUUUUUUUUUAAUUCUCU